AUGGACUCGCUCCUCAACCUAGACGAAUUCACACCGUCGACGACAUCCCCCAGUACUCAGGUGCCUCAACUCGCUCAUCAGUCAUCGCACUUUGGGUCGUCCACCCAGACCUUCGCGGGGCCUAGCUUCCCCUAUGACGCCUACCGCCAGCAGACCGGUCUGCCCGCUGGAGGUCUAGCCAACACCUUUGCUAUCAAUCAGACCGCGGGUCUACAAUAUUGGAACGGACAGGGCAGCUUUGUGAUGCCAUCGAACCCCAUCGACCUACCAGCUCUGAGCAAGAUUGAAGACUUUGAUUUCUCUCGUAUGGACGAUCUCGACUUUGACGCCGAGUCCCCAACCAUCUUGAGCGGCAACCCAGGUCAAUUCGUCAGUCCUACGACGCUAGUCUCAUCGGGUUCUUCUCAGAAUCAACGCAUCUAUCCUGGUAUGCAUAGCCAAGCCGCUCAGGCAAAGGCCGAGCAGGCCAAGCAACAACAGGAAAUGGUCCGACGUCAGCAGCAACAGCAGCAGCAAGCCCCACGCGCACUGCCUGCCGGUCAGAAGCCACUUCCAAAGGCUCCCGCUGGCAAGGAUCCCCGUGUGGAGGAAAGCAUCUCCCGUAUCCUCAACCAGAUGCGACAGAAGAGCGUCUCAAGCGAUGCGAAGACGGAGGAUUCGCCUGAUCCCAACAUGUCAAGCCUGCCCAAGUCUCGGAAAGAUGAAGAGGACAUGGAUGAGGACGAACGUCUGCUCGCUAGCGAGGAAGGAAAGAAGCUGACCAGCAAGGAGCGACGACAACUCCGGAACAAGGUGUCUGCUAGGGCGUUCCGAUCGCGUAGAAAGGAGUAUAUUGGCCAACUUGAAGGCGAGGUUGCCUCUAAGGUGGACGAAGCCAGCGCUCUCCGCACCGAGAACCAACAACUCCGUGAAGAAAACAACCGUCUCACCGAGCUCACGCGCAUGCUGCUGUCCUCUCAGGCUUUCUCUGGUUUCCUACAGGAGCUGAGCCAGUCUGGUGGAAGCGCGCCCCAAGUCCAGCAACCGACACAGCAGCGCCCGACCACGACUCCUGUCGAGCGCACGCAUUCGCAGACCCAGCGUAAGGACGUAAACCCACACGAUGCCGCCCGCAAAAUGUCUACCUCGCAGCAACAACCAAUGAUCGGAAUGGCGCUCAUGCCAGAGGUCAACUUUGAUUCUUCGCUCUUUGACACUUCUUCCUGGACACCAGCUGUGCAGCACAACGAUUUUCAAGUGUUCGCAGUCACCGAGCUACCCGAGCCGCCUGUCAUCGACUUUAACGAGUGCUCUGAGAAGAGGGUCCAAUGCGACUUCAGCUCAGAGACCUCCAAAUCCUCACCGACACUUUCACCACUUCCAGACGCAGUUAGGAAAGCAGGUCUGAGUCUUCAGACCAAGCCUCACACGACGGCUUCUUCAUGGCUUGGAAAGACAUCUGCUACCGUUACUUCGAUUGCUCAGGAUACUGAAUUUACUGCCAUCAACCCAUUCACGAGCAGGACACUCGAUGGAAUGAUAAUGGAGUUGGACGAAACAAGUCGGCGGAUUGGGUUGCUGCUGCCCUCAUAA